CAAGAAUGGAAAAUCUCGAAGCGCACGCUAUUCGUCUUCAUUACCAUCUGUGUCUUGACCCUCAUGGUGGCUUUAGAUAGCACAUCCAUUGGUGUGGCAUUGCCUACGAUUUCUAGGGCUCUUCAUAGUUCUGGAAUCGAGACGUUUUGGGCUGGUACUGGAUUUCUGCUGUGCGCGACAGUAUUCCAACCAAACUUUGUUUCCUUUUCCAACAUUUUUGGCCGUCGACCUGUCUUCAUCGUUGCCAUCAUCUUCUUCCUCGUUGGAGCGAUAGUUGCUGGUGUCUCAAAGAAGGUUAGCCAGCUGUUAGUCGGCCGAUGCAUUCAAGGUAUUGGAGGCGGUGGCAUCUCGGCCAUCACUGAGGUUCUCAUUGCCGACUUGGUGCCAAUGCGGUAUCGAGGACAAUAUUACGGUCUGAUGAAUGCCAUGUGGAGUGUGGGAUCCGUGACUGGCCCGAUUAUUGGAGGCGCAUUUGCUGGUGACGCAUCAUGGAGAUGGAUAUUUUACAUCAACUUCCCUUUCAUCGGCAUAGGCAUUUUCUGUGUCGUCGUCUUCAUGAAUCUUCAUUUUGUCCCAACCUCAUUGGCCGAGAAGCUUCGUCGAAUCGAUUACGUUGGUUCAGUUGUGUUCAUCGCGAGCACGACGUCUUUCCUUAUUCCAUUGACAUGGGGCGGUGUCCUGUAUAGCUGGGAUUCGUGGAGAACAUUGGUCCCCCUGAUUAUUGGUAUCGCCGGUAUCGCCCUAUUCGUCGCCUACGAGGCAUUCAUCGCCCCUAAUCCAAUCAUUCCGAUCGAACUAUUCAACAACCGCACUGCUGGAGUCUCGUAUUUCAGCUCUGCACUCUCGGGCCUGCUUGUGUGGUGUAUUGUCUACUACAUGCCGCUGUACUUUCAGGCUGUGAAGGAAUACACUCCGGUCUUGACUGGUGUAUGUCUCUUCCCGCAGACUUUCACCGUGGCACCUGCUGGUGCUUUCGCUGGAGCGAUCAUUACGAAGACUGGCAGAUAUCGUUGGUCUACCUGGUCAGGUUGGGCUCUUGCAACUCUUGGCUUGGGGUUGCUCUGCAUUCUGAGGCCAGGCACGAGCAUACCUGGAUGGAUUUUCUUGAACUUAGUCUCGGGUGUUGGCCUCGGGUUUCUCUUCCCUUCGGUAGCUACAGCUAUCCAAGCUGCUACCGCUCCAGAGAAUGUUCCUAUGGCUUUGGCCCUGUUCAGCUUCUUCCGAUCGCUCGGCCAAGCUGUGGGGGUGGCUAUUGGAGGAGUGGUUUUCCAGAACCGCAUGGUUGCCAACCUGCGCCAAUAUCCUCAUCUUGCUGCAAACGCGACAGCUUAUGGUGCGGACGCGGCAGGCCUGGUUGACAUCAUCAAGGCAAUGCCCGAUGGCCAAGAUAAGCACGAUAUCAAGGUUGCUUUCGUAGACAGUCUGCGUAUUGUCUGGGCAGUGUGCUGUGCCCUGGCUGGAGUCGGCCUCCUGCUAAGUCUGCUCGUUCAGAAGUAUGAUAUCAACCAGGAACUCAGCGGUGAUCAGGGAAUCAUUGAAAAAGAUCAUCCCCAACCCCCCAGAGAAAACACAGAGGAGAUUUGAAUCUCUUAGAAUCGG